UCCGGAUCUUCACUGCAGGGGCUCGAGUCUCUCGGUUCGUGUGUCACUGGGUGUCCGCUUGCCCAAGCAGACCAUACGCCUGCUGGAAAAUCUGAUUAUUAGAUGCUCCCUGUGGCUGCGAUUGCUCGCUGCUUGACCCUCACCCCAACACAUCACGUUUAGUGAAGACCACUGGGAAGGUGAUUCAAGAUACCAUCCGGUUACAAGAGGCCAUCCACUUGGGAGAGUAAAGUUUUAAAGGGACUUUGCUCCACAAUGUGCUGGCAACAAGAAGUAGCUGCACCCCGUGCCGCCGAGCCAGAUCCAUCUCCGAUCAGUAAGCCCACAGCAGCUCCGAGGAAGCCGUGUCCUGAUCCGUUCGAAUCGAGCACGUAUAUCACCACUCUUCAGCCGUGGAUUAAGAAGCUGGACCCAACUGCACUUGCAGGGAAAUUGCAGGCACUGGAUAUGUUGACAAGGGACCAGGUGACUGAACUCGACAGGAUAAAGAAGAAUGAUGGAGGACCAGCUCAUAAUUCUAGGUUGCUGGACAUCAUUCAUGGCGAGGAAAUCCACGGAUUUGUGAAGCUGUACAAAGCAAUCCUAACCAUCACAAAGAACAUUGACAGGCUAGACCAGAUGAAGUCACUCAUUCCCGAUGAAUAUUUGUCGCCAGAGUACGCAGCGUUUUCGGCCAGCAUGAAGGCGGCAACAUAUAGAGGUUCUGCUACUUCCGAUCUUCACAGUAUCCCUAUCCCUGCUGAUAGCAGGAGUAUGGAUACCGCUGAUCAUGUGGACAAGCAUGUAUCCACACCUACUGAGGAGUAUGCAGCCAGACAGGAUAAUUGGAGCGCUGAUACUCACACACAAGUGAAAGAAUCCCAGGCCGAGCAUGGACGGGCGCAAUUGUCCGUUCAAGCACUGAAGCAACGGCAAAAUAUGCUCCAAGCCAGCAAGCAAAUGGUUGUUGAUGAGUUCGAGCAGUCAACCUGGGCGUUGGAAAUCUUGGAGCGGCUGGAGUACCCAGAGCAGCUUGAGAGGAAGCAGAUUCCACUCUCACUGGGAGCAGAAAAAAUGCUUGACAGCUGGACCAGACUAGAAGCCAUUUCUGUCAAAAGUACUGUCGACCAUGCCAACAUACUUCUUCAACUGAUGUCGAUGCAAGUCAAAAACUGUCAUCCAGCUAUCCGUGACCAGGUGACAGCCGAGCUGAAAGAGAGCCUUGCUCACUGGCAGGAAACUGGCCUGGAGCUGAAGAGCAACGUGUCCAAAGACCUCAUCAAGCAGCUGUUUCUCGCUCUGGACGGCAAGCAGCCUACUCUAGUCUCGCAACCAUGAGUAUUUGAUGAUACGGUCGACGCUGCUUCACUCUCCAAGACAAUGUCAACUGUCUUCGGAGCAUACCAGAGGGGAGCGCACAGAACAGACCAGCUAGAGAGAUCAUUCCGUGCGGAUCCUAACAAGAAGGCCAGAAAGCCAAAUCUCAGGAAGGAUAACACAUACUACGACUUCAAAUGACCGAUUUCCAUCCUACUUUAAGUAGUCCUACUAGGAAAACAUGAACUCCUUGAAGAACACUGACCAAUGUGCUGUGUAGCAAAUAGGUAGGGACUAGGCUCUGUGCCACUGUCUCUUAAUUCAUGUCAUGUCACGACGGCAAGUAGCGCCAGUAGGUAGGGAAUACGCUAUGUGCCACAGCUUUGUGUUUUUGACUUGGGUUCACUAACUUUUUUUGUUUGGCAUUGACCAGUUUAUGGUUUGCAUUGCACUGUUUUUGGGUUGCAUUUGAUACAAACACCGUCUGCAUCUUUGACAACACACUUCAAGCUCAAUAUUUCAAACGUCGCUGUUGGCAUAGGGAUGCCAUUUUUGCAAUCAUCCGGUGAGAUCCGCAUCUAUUCGACGGUGUAAUACUAAAAGCUAUAGGUUGUCCGUCUUAAAAUGGAAAUUUGAUUGCAAACUGUCGAAGUGAUGGAUGCGGGCGCCGCUCUCUCCCAAUCAAUACGAGCACAGUGAUAAUGAUGAUGAUGAUGAUAAUGAUGAUAAUUUUGAUCCCACCUUCCAACCCGGCAAAUAUUUUGAUUUUGAUAAAAACGAUAGUAGAAAGCAUUAGGCGUGUACCAUAUCACUGACGUCAUCGAUGACGUCAUAGCGAUUUAACCCUAAAAACCGGGGCGUUUUAA